GUGUUAAACUAUUAUAAAUCCAAUGUUACAGUGCUAGAUGUGCACGAACCAUCGUCCCUGUUCGGCCUUCCUGCGGCCACCACCACAACACACGCCAGCAUGCCUCCUAAGAAGGACACCAAGGCCAAGCAGCCAGCCAAGCAGACCGCCAAGAAGAAGGAGGGAGGAGGAGGAGGAAAGGCCAAGAAGAAGAAGUGGUCAAAGGGAAAGGUCCGUGACAAGUUGAACAACCUUGUGCUGUUCGACAAGCCCACGUACGACAAGCUGCUGAAGGAGGUGCCAUCGUACAAGCUCAUCACCCCCUCUGUAGUCAGUGAGCGUCUCAAGAUCACUGGUUCCCUGGCACGCCGAGCACUUGACGAGCUCCAGACUAAAGGACUCAUUCGGCAGGUGGUUAAGCAUCAUGCACAGGUGGUAUAUACCAGAACCACAAAAUCUGAAGACUAAAAGUAAUAAAAAUGGCUGAUUGA